AAUGCCAAGUUGCUGAAGAUUUCGUGCUCUUUCUUGGGUUUGUCCCUUAAAGCCCUUCAUUAGGACGAUCAUGCGGGAGUCGUGUACGUAUAGACGGUGCGCCGAAGGCGAGUGAACAGAUACUCCAUUAAACUACAUGCGCACGGGCAGAGGAUCUCCUUCCCGAACCCUUUUUCACCGUUCACACAGUUGGAUGUUCGCGAUUUUGCGCGAACAAGGUUUUGGAGUGAACGUAAUAUUAGUAUCUGGAUGCCGCUGACUGUUCGCUCUCAUAGGAUGCAUGUUUCUUCAGAGCCGCCCCAGUCAAGCCGCACCACCAGCGUUGAUCGUUGACUGUUCGUGGCUACACUUAGCCAUAGAUCUGAGCUCUCCCAUCAUUGAGGCCUAGUUGGGGCGAGAUUGGACUUCGCUUGCGGGUCUUAGGUUGCAAUGAACACAUGGGUGCAGUCGAUAGAGGCAAGUACGUAUACAAUCCGAAGCGUUUACAACUAUAUGGGGAGCUGGCAUGAGAAACAGAAGAUAGCGACCCUUGAAUGGACCAUGCAGUCAUCGUGUUCUUUUCCCUCAUUCACCUUUUCCCAUUGUUAGAUCGGCGCGAGGCACUGAAAUCAUCAUCUUCAGGGUUCGAUUCUCAGAUCCCUCAAUUUCUCUCCGGCUACGACGGCGCGUAUAAGUUGUCUGGCAGUGCUCUUGCCCAAGGAAGGAUACUUCACUGCUAUAACCAGAUCUAGAAGGCCGAUAGAAUUUUCCUAAUAGCUGGUGUACUGCGUGCGUACAUAUCGCAGAUCCUCUUCCUCUCUAGGCAGGUCGGCAGUGCCACAAGUCUUCCUAUCCUGCUCGGCUUUAUAAACUUGCUGGCGGACGAACCUUCUCUCUUUCUCAUCCCCUCUUCUUUUCUCAUCCCUUCCUCCUGCCUGUGGCUCGAUACGUACUCCACCAACAUGUCAUUCCAACCAAGACAAGUCUCACUUCCUAGUUUCCAAGAGAUGUUUGCUGAGUACACUGUGCCCAGCAACUCAGGAAGACCAUCAGACUUGUCGGUCAACAUUGCGCUUCCACGUCCUCAACAAGCUCCGCGAUCGUCUCCGUACGAGAGACAUUCCGAGCGUCCUUCUCAUUCCGUACAAUUGCAGAUCAGAGAGCCCUCCGAUCACAGUCGUUCCAACACUUUGCCCGGCUCCCACCAUCCGUACCCCAGUUUUUCACGUAGUCUUGAGAACCCACCUAUCGCUGAACAACCUCGCCUAUCCGCAAACCGCAGCAUUCCGGGUGGUCAUGAUGGGGCCUCUGCGGCGCAAUAUUCUUUCGACGUGUUAAGACCGCAUCCCUUUACGUCGGAUUUGGAGCACAUUGCAUCCACAUCUGAUGUUUCCUCAUUGUCUCGUGGUCAUCAACCUUACCCUGCAGCCUAUCCCGCUCGGACCGCUCUGCAUUCAAUUCCUGCGAGCAACGCCACUUUCAGGGUACACAUUCCUAGUAGUGCUCGAACUCAAGCGCUUCAGCGUGGAUCUCCUAGAGAAGGCCAUCGUGCGGAGAAUUCCCCCCAGGAGAUGAACCAUAAUACGUAUCACUCAAACCCUCAUGGUUUGGUUAUGUCCCUGCCGUCUGAACCUUCAGACGAAAAGAAGCAUUGUUGUCCGCAAUGCCACAAGCGGUUUAACCGACCGAGUAGCUUGCGGAUCCAUGUGAACACUCACACAGGUGUCAGACCUUUUGAAUGUGCCUUUCCAGGCUGCAGCCGUCGAUUUAACGUUAACUCGAACAUGCGUCGACACUACCGGAAUCACUUCGCUGGACGACGGAAGGUCAGCUUCACCCCAAUACAGUCAGUGCAUGGUUCGACUCUGUCGCCGCCUUUAACGCGUUUUACCUCCGCCUCGCCUGUCUUGUCUUCACCUUCGCCCGAGCCUUCUGAUUCGGAACGCGAGUGUUCGAGGUCCCCCAGUCCUGAGCUGGAGUGGUCGGAUGAGGAAUAUGGACAUGAUGGUGAUGCACAAGUACAUUACCAUGGCCCUGAGGAUAGGUAUUUGUAAUACCCGUUGAGGGCGCAUCGUUUGUAUUUUUGGCGAGGGACCAGUACCAAGCACGCCACCCCCUCUUAGACCUUACGGUAGCCACGCCUUUAGGCAUGAAGGACGGCUCGGACAACCGAUAAUUUGCUGCCUUAAACGGCAUUCUAUGAAAUAAUUUAUUGGAAUUGGACUGUCUUGUCUAGCAGUCAGACCAUGACCGCCUUUUCAAUACACGCUUAUAUAGCGGCAGCAAAGCAAACAUUGCAGUCUACAUAGCUCUAUAUUCUGUAUAUUACACUGCCCCUUCCACAAAACAGAUAUUCCGUGCGAAAUUCUCUAUGAU